AUGGAGAGUAUAAAACCCAAGUUGAAAGUGCUGAAGAAGCGGCGCUCCAGUCUUUUUGCAACGAUAAAACGGGACAAGAGUUUUUCACAAAGCAUAGAGGAGCAAGAGAGCGAAUUCCCGUUUUCCCAGGACAGUUCGGUGAAGUUAUGGACAUCCAUGGACAACCUGGAAACUCCUGAAAAGCAGAAAGCUCCGAGCACUGACGCAACAAAGCUGAGGAAACCAAACAUCGUCAACCUCAACGUGGGCGGGAAGGUGUUUCACAUCCCCAAGCAUCUGGUCCUCCGAUACCCCAAAACCAGGAUCGGGAUCCUGGCACUGUGUGAAGACCCAGCCAAGCGUCUGACGCUGUGUGACGACUACAACGUUCUGAACAAUGAGUUCUUUUUUGACAGAGACCCAAUGUUUUUCCACUACAUCUUCCACUAUUAUUGCAGCAAUGUCUUGUGGGUGAUGGACAGUCUCUGCCCUGUCAACUUCGAGGAAGAAAUGUCCUUUUGGGGGCUAAAACUAAAGGACACUCCGAGGUGCUGCCGUAUUCUUUUCGAGGAGAAGGUGGAUGACAUAAGGGACCAACUGAAGGUCAACCAGGAGCUGAUCGACGAGAUUAAGCCUCACCAAGACGACGAGGGCUACAAGACCAUGUUCCUGGGCAACAUUCGGAAGAUGCUCUGGGACUUGAUGGAGAACCCUUACUCUUCCAUGUCAGCCAAAGCGUUUGCUGUGUUCUCCAGUCUCUUUGUGCUCAUCUCCAUCGUUUCCAUGACGAUGAACACGGUGAAAGAACUCAGGCAGUACAAACUGGCCGGCAAAACCUACAUGGAGUGGGUGGAGAUCGCCUCCAUCCUUUUCUUCACCCUGGAGUACUUCUUGCGCUUGCUUACCACGUCCGACGUCAAGCAUUUUGUCAAGAGCGCCCUCAACUUUGUCGACGUGGUAGCCGUCAUGCCGUACUUUAUCCAGAUCAUGUUUGAGAUGUUUGUGAUCGAUUCGGAGGACCUCAGCGCACAGGAAGAUUUGAAGGCCAUGGCGAGGGUCAGCAAAGUCAGCAAGGUGCUCAAAGUUGUCAAGUUGAUGCGCAUCUUUCGUAUCCUCAAGCUCGCCCGUCACUCUACUGGCAUGCGGGCGUUUGGCUUCACUAUUCGCCAGUGCUCUGAGCAGGUGUGCUGUCUGUUCCUUUUCAUCGCCAUGGGCAUCUUCACCUUCUCAGCUCUGAUGCAUUCAGUGGAGGUGGACCAGCCCGGAACGCCCUUCAGCAGCAUCCCAGAUGCUUGGUGGUGGGCGGCGGUGAGCAUUUCCACCGUGGGCUACGGGGACGUGGUCCCAAUCUCCUACCUGGGACGCUGCGUGGCCUUUGGCUGCAUCUCCUUCGGCAUCAUCCUCAACGGCAUGCCCAUCUCUAUUCUUUUCAACAAGUUCUCCGACUACUACGCCAAACUGAAGGAACAAGAGUACACGUUUUCAAACACCGAGCGCACCUUCCAGCUCAGGAGACGUCUGCAGAACAAGUGGAACAGCUGCUUCCAACCUCAGGUGGAGGACUCCGACGAUGAGGUCCACUAUCGGCCCAGCGGAAGGCAGACUACUUUCGAGGGGGAAGAGUGAAAAGCAGCCUCGCUCACACUAAAUGGCCUUAAUACGCACGGGUCUCCAAAGUCCAAGACCCCCAUCUGCUGCCGACUGUGAACAAUACAAAGGAAGAAAUAAAGACAGCGAUCAGACAGUACUGGCGCUUUGUCGGACGUGUAUUUACAGUAUGGAAAUGGCAAUGAUGAUAUGUGAAGUGAAGGUUGACAUAACAUUUUACUAGAGAUGUACAAUUA